AUGCAUAUUCAGUCUAUUCCUAUGUGGACCGGGAAAGGUAAUAACUAUGCCUACCUGGUUACGGAUGAGCCAACGAAGCAGUCGGUCAUUAUUGAUCCGGCCAACCCCCGGAUUGACUCGUUCCAGCUCGCGCAAUUCGGCAAGCUUCCAGUCAUCGGAGGUAGCAACUGCCAGUCCGUCACCAAGACCCCGGCUCACGGUGAGGAAUUCAAAAUUGGGGACCGUAUCACCGUGCGCGCUCUGCACACUCCAUGCCAUACACAAGAUAGUAUCUGCUACUUUAUGCAAGAUGGAGACCAGCGCGUCGUUUUCACUGGUGAUACCCUGUUCAUUGCUGGAUGCGGCCGGUUCUUUGAGGGUAAUGCAGGGGAGAUGCACAGGGCGCUGAACGAGACACUGGCUGCCUUGCCCGAUGAUACCAAGGUUUACCCGGGCCACGAGUAUACAAAGGCAAAUGUCAAGUUUUGCCUGCAUGUGUCCCAAACGGAGCCCAUUAAGAAGCUCCAGGCCUUUGCCGAGGCCAAUCAGCAAACCCAGGGUAAAUUCACUAUCGGCGACGAGAAGAAACCUCGAUUUAAAUCCCACCACGAUCAAAAUGACAAGACCACGGCUUGCUAUGUGCAUUCCCUUAUCGCCGGCGAGUGGGCGGCCCCUCCGAGCCAUGUCGACGACACGCAGGAUGUGAUUCGGACACUGAGCGACGAGGAACCCAACGUGGACACCAAGGUUCUCGGGGAGGAUGAAGUGGUGUCGGUGGUUGAUGGUGAUAAUAAGAUCCUAAAGCCCGUCCCAACCAUCAUCCAAUCGCGGCACCUGACGAAGCGACAGCUGUCUGAUAUGGCAUGGAACGUGCGGAAGCUGUCGAAGAAACUGGGCAGUCUCAAGCUCAAGCUCACGGUCAAAAACGUCUUCAUCGUCAGCAAAGCGCAUGAUGAGUCGCUAGUCAGCUUGACCAGGAAAGUGACUAGAUGGCUGCUGUCCAAGGACCGCGGGGCCCCUUACACUGUCUAUGUAGAGCGCCGCAUGGAGACACAUCCGGAUUUCGGGGCCCUGCAGCUAGUGCAAGAGGAGCCAUCGGCCAAGGGCCGGCUGAAAUUCUGGGACCCCAAGCUUGCUCAAGAGCAGCCGCAUCUGUUUGACUUUGUCAUUACUCUCGGAGGGGACGGAACCGUCCUCUACACCAGCUGGUUGUUCCAGCGCAUCGUCCCUCCAGUCCUGUCAUUUGCGUUGGGCUCACUAGGAUUCUUGACGAAUUUUGACUACGCUGACUACCAGCAUAUCCUCGAAAACGCUUUCCGGGACGGCGUUGUUGUCAGUCUCCGGCUGCGGUUCGAAUGCACCAUCAUGCGAAGCAAAGCACGGCAGAAGGACCCGCAUGCGAGGUCCCUCACAAGCCGGGAUUUGGUGGAAGAGCUAAUAGGGGAAGAAGGUGAAGACACUCUCACACAUACCCCGGACCGAGUUUACGAGAUACUCAACGAUGUUGUUCUCGACCGGGGUCCAAAUCCAACCAUGUCUCAAAUCGAACUGUUUGGCGACGACGAGCAUUUCACCACCUUGCUCGCUGACGGAAUCUGCAUUGCGACCCCGACGGGCUCGACGGCGUACAACCUCGCUGCUGGCGGCUCGCUUUCACACCCUGAGAACCCCGUUAUCUUGGUAACAGCCAUUUGCGCCCACACCCUAUCCUUCCGGCCGAUUAUCUUGCCGGACACCAUUGUGCUGCGAAUGGGUGUGCCAUACGACGCGCGGACGAGCUCAUGGGCUAGUUUCGAUGGACGGGAAAGGUGA